UCUUGUACACACUUGUACAGAGAACUGUAGAGAACGCGCUUGCGUAUCGAGUGCGCUAGUUAAAAAUGGCGUUGUUGUGAAGGGGGCGCAGAUCCUUCGACGUAUGUGAAUGUGUGAAAACUAUUGAUAUGUGCAUGUUUACUAACGAUGAUCUACUAUCGUUUGUUCGAUACAGAUGGUAAUUGCUGUACUUCGCAACGUUCAAAUACAUUUUCUGAGCAAGUGUUGUCGAGUGGAUGGCAGCAGGUAUGAUCCGACACCUGUUGCUGAUGUCAGGUUUCGGAUGCACGGAUGAUUGUUCGGGCAGGGGCGAGUGCCAUAACGGCACUUGCCUUUGCGAGAUUCGUUUCGCCGGUGAAUAUUGCGACGGUCCAAAUUUACCGUACCACACCGGAAUCGGCGGCGUUUUCCUCGUGGUAGCCUUCGUCUGCGCCGUUCAGCUGCUCAUGUGCAUCGCCUCUGAGUACCACAGGUUGAAGGCGCCUACCUUCCUCAAGGCAUGCAAGAUCACCACGCAGAAAUUCUUAUACUUUGUGACGUUCCUUGCGAGCAUCAUAAGGGGUGCUUACUUCCUGUCGCCGGAUAACUUCAAGAACGGAUGGAGCAGCAGUUUGCUGUCUGCUUAUUACCCGUUACUGAUGACCGGGUCCUCGCUGAUCGUUUGCUUCUGGGCUGAGGCGUUCCAUUUGCGCGACAUACGCUGGGAAAAGCCUCAGUUCUUAUCCAAAUCGUUCCUCGGUUUCGUCACUUUCAAUCUCAUAAAUUUCGGCCUUCUCUUGGCUGAGGUAGUUACAACACAGUUGGCCGAUUCUUCAGAUACCGAGCGUAGUUUCUACACGCACAUCUUCAACGGAUGUUACGCUGUCCUCAUGUUCAUCGUCGUCGUGUUUUUCCUCAUCUACGGCGUCGAAGUCUACUUUAAGGUUCGUGGUGGUUUCGUGGCGAAACCAGUACAAAUUGCCGGUGCAGGAGAAUCGGAACCUCUCCGAAUUCAGACGCAGGAAGAGUUGAGACCACUCAUCAAUAAUUCGCAACUGCACCAAUCGCGUAUCGGUCUUCUCAGCCAGGCGUUGAUGCUGAUCGUGAUCGUCGCUUUCCUCUUCUCCGAGACUCUCUCGGAAUUUUGGAAAACCAAGGUGCCUGUGAAUUCUCGCAACUGGCACGACAUUCUGUUCCGUGUGGUCGAAAUCGGCGUGGCCAUCUGGUUUCCGGCCGUUCUUUGGAAUUGCAUGCAACCAGGUGAAUUAUGGAUUCUGAAUCCAAAGAAGUUGCUGGCCAGAUUGGACCAGAAGCAGUGUCAGGAGGAGGUGGCACCUGUUGCGGAUAAGGGCAACGAGGAGGAAGAGGACGACGCGUUUCUUGAGAAGAGGGAAUGCUGGAUUUGCUAUGACUCUGAUAAGAAGGAUCCGUUGAUACAGCCGUGCGAUUGUACCGGGGACGUUUCAAGCGUGCAUCACGAUUGCCUGAGACGAUGGCUGAUGGAGAGCACAGCCACGAAUGCCGAACAUCUGAAAUGUAAAGUGUGCAAGUGCGCGUACGACGUUCAGAGCACGACAAAGUUGGAUUGGGAACGGGGCUUCACCGCUCAGCAUUGGGGUAGCACCGCUUUCAUUGUUACGUGUCUCUGUUUGACGGUUGCUGCUGCUUGGAUUGUUAUUCAAAUGUUCGAGGAUUCGUACAUAAGGAUGAUCAGCGCAAGCAUCGCUUUACUUGUCAUUUACGUUUGCAUCAGAUUCUUGGGCCAAAAUACGGUCAGCGCGUACCAAAGAGCAAAAGUGGGCGGUCUGAGCAUCGGUAACCAUGUUACCACAAUCAGUGGCAAUAUAACCGUUGACAUGGCAACGGCGACUCAGUCUGAACCACAGACGGCACUCUAGAUGUAAACAAAAUAUUUUCGUUAAACUUUUCACUUUCUUCGAUUCUUUUCUUUUUAUUAAAUGUGAUAAUUCUAAUAUUAGUUACUUUCUUAUUUUAUUAUAUACAUUAGGAUAUUUGUAUAGAACUGUUACAUUAUGUUUUUUGUUUUGUCUAUUUCACAUCACACCACAUACAAGUACUUUGUUUUCUUUCUUAAGCUACUGAUAUUUAUUACUGUAUAUUAUUUACAUUU